AUGGCUUCUUCAUUGGUUAGAACCGCUUUGCUCGCCUACCGUAAUCCGAUUAGGUCAGGAUUACUGUAGGCGAUGCAUAUUUACUAAUGUCCUUCUAUUUUCAGGUUUCUGAGAAGAACAAUGUCUGAAGUAGACAAGGCCCAACUGGCCGCCAUCAACAAGGAUGUUCAGGCCAAUGAUACCAUUUUCGGCAAGAUCAUCCGAAAGGAAAUUCCCGCCAAGAUUAUCUACGAGGACGACGAGGCUCUCGCCUUCCACGACGUUUCUCCGCAAGCUCCCGUCCACUUCCUUGUGAUCCCGAAACGUCGCAUUAACAUGCUCGAGAAUGCCGUCGAUUCAGAUGCCGCACUUAUCGGAAAACUGAUGAUUACUGCUUCCAAAGUAGGAUUUGUGCAGUGAAAUCUUGCAAUUCUGUUCCUAUGUUCAGGUGGCGAAGCAGCUCAAUCUGGCCGACGGAUACCGCGUCGUAGUAAACAACGGAAAAGACGGCGCGCAGUCAGUCUUCCACCUCCAUCUUCAUAUUCUCGGAGGUCGCCAACUCCAGUGGCCACCUGGAUAA